CAGAGGACGGAGGGAUGGGAGAGAGAAGGAAGGAAGGGAGGAGAGAGGGAUGGAGAGAAGGCGGAGGACGGAGGGAUGGGAGAGAGAAGGAAGGAAAGGAGGAGAAAAGGGAUGGAGAGAAGGCAGAGGACGGAGGGAUGGGAGAGAGAAGGAAGGGAGGGAGGAGAGAGGGAUGGAGAGAAGGCGGAGGACGGAGGGAUGGGAGAGAGAAGGAAGGAAGGGAGGAGAAAAGGGAUGGAGAGAAGGCAGAGGACGGAGGGAUGGGAGAGAGAAGGAAGGAAGGAAGGGAGGAGAGACGAAUGGAGAGACGGCAGAGGACGGAGGGAUGGGAGAAGAGAUGCGGGACAGGGAGAAGGAGGGAUGAGAGCAGGGGGGAUGGAGAACGAGGGAUGGAAGCGGAGGCGGGGACCGGAGGGCUGAAGGCGACAGCGGAGCGGAGGUUCCCAGCCGCCGCCGCCGGGGGCCGAGGGCCGGGGACACUGGCUUCACAGGGACGUCGCAGGACCCCGCCUGCCAUGCCCUACGGUGCCUCCCUCCUCCUGCUGCUUCUGCUGCCCUGGGGCAGUCACUGCACCACAGGCGCAGAUGGGCCCAGUCCCUGCCCAGCCCGGAGGGAGGCGCCGGCAGAGGGAAUGGGCCAGACCUGCCAGAGGACCUGCACCCAGGACCGCGACUGCUCUGGCCGCAGGCAGUGCCUGUGUGAUGGGGCCUGCGGGCUGAGCUGUGUGAUACCUGGCCGGACCUGCCCGUGGCCCGUGCAGAUUGAUAACGCCAAGACACAUUUGGCCCAGGCUUCCCGCGGCUUCGGGGCCCUCAUGGAGGUGACCUGCCAGCCAGGCUUCAGGAUGUCCAAAGGGCAGGGAGCGGCGCUGAGCCGAUGCCAGGGGGACAGGAAGUGGAGUCUGACGGCAUCCUGCGAACGGGAUCUGGCCCCGUCGUCCUUCUGCAGCCCCCCGCCAGAGACCGACAAUGGAUUUCACAGCGGUGCCUCCUACAGGGCAGGCGGGGAGGUGCGGUACAAGUGCAAGCGCGGGUACCGGCUGGAGGGCCCAGAGACCAUCCGAUGCCAGGAGAACCAGGAAUGGUCUGGGCCCGCCCCAACCUGCCACCCCGUGUUCUGCCCACCCCCCGGGGACAUCGCCGAGGGCUACCUGGUGGCGGUGGAGAAGGCUCAGUACCGGGCCGGGGAGCUGGUCUAUUACCUCUGCAAGCGCAGCUACCUGCUGGACGGCACCAACCGGGUCACCUGCCGGGGCAACGGCACCUGGUCGCCCCGGCCCUUCUGCAGAGCGCGCUGCGUGGUGCCCGCCCAGCGGAGCCGUGUGCUCUACCAGGGCCGCAAGCUCUGGAUCCAGGAGAUCCCAGAAGGGCAGGUCCAGCACGGGGAGAUCGUCACCUUCUACUGCCGGAGCCAGAACCAGACCCAGAGCUGCAGCUACCCGGCCCCCUCGCACUGCUUCGAUGGCCUGCUGCCCCUGCCGGCCUGCUACAACGAGCCCACCUGGCUGCAGUACAAACUGUUCCCCAAGCGGGUGGUGUCCGAGAUCCGCCCCUGCUGAGCCCCCCCGGCCCCCCACACCCACACACAGCCUGACCGGAUGGACCGCCCAUGUGGCGGGGAGGAGCCAGUGGCCAGCAGGGGACCCGCUGGACAAUGCUCCUUUCGUGGGAGGACCAAUCGUGUGAAAGCUCCUCGUGCGAGGGCCCCAGAUUGCAAAGGCUGCUUGUGCAAAGGUCCAGUUGUGUGAGGAGCCCGUCGGGCGAAGGCCCCAUUGUGCAAAGAAGGUCCCCUCGUGCAAAGGCCCUAUCGUGCACAGACUGCGAUGCCAAGGCCCCAGUGUGAGUUCCCAUUGUGCGAAGGCCUCGUUGUGCAAAGGACCCAUCGUGCGAGAGCCCCAUCGUGCACAGGCUGCAGUGCCAAGGGCCUACCGUGAGAUGGUCUUAUCGUUCGAGGUCCCAUCUUGCAAGGGCCUGUCGUGCAAAGGGCCCAUCGGUACCAGGGCCCCAUUGUGCUGGGCAUGAAAGAGCUGUGGGCGGAGUGGGGCAGUGGAAGGGGGCUUCCCUGCCCCCAUUCAGUGAAUUCCAGUUGUCAGGGGGAUCCAGUCCUGGCUUUAGAGCCCAUCUCCGCCCCAAUAGAUAACUGGGGGGGGGAGAAAAUCAAGGAAACUCCAUUCCAGCUGGCAGUGGGAUCCAGUGCCGGGUUUUCCCUCCCCCCCAUAGGGCACACUUGGGCAAUCCAUGGUGGGAGGAAUCCUAUCGAGUCCAUUCCUGCUGCCAGGGAGAUCCAGUGCCGGGUUCCCCCGGCCUGCAGUCCCAGAAGGACCAGUCCAUGGGACGGGGGGGGGGGGGGAGAGGGGAAUCUAGUCGAGUCCAUUCCAGCUGGCAGGGAGAUCCAGUGCCGGGUUUUCUCCUCCCUGUGGCCUCAGUGAAAUCCUGGCCCGGAUUUCCACACCUGGAGUGGACUCUGAGUCCAUCUCUGUGGCAGGAGGUGGGGGACCAUGCCCGGGAGGUCUCUGCUCUCUGGAGGGGGAAGGGGGCAGAGCGGGGGCUGUACGUUCACUUGUAUUUAUUGGCUGUGAGGUUGCCAUUUUUAGUAGAGAAAUAAAACAAAGCAUGAUGCUGAAAUCUAUCCCAGAAUCCUCUGGGGCCUGGAAUUGGGUGGGGAGGGAAAUGCCCCACAAAGGGAUGAUUUUGGGGUUCACCAGAAGAACGCACUGCUAUGGGAUAAUAUUAGAGUCACCCAGGGAACUCCCUGCUACAGCAUAUCAGGGUUCCCCAAAAAGGAUAAUAUGAGGGGUCACCUGAGGAACUCCCUGCUACAGGCUAAUAGCACAGGUCACCUUGGGAACUCCUCACUAUGGGAUAUAUUGGGGUCACCUGGUGGCACCCCUCUGAUAUCAGGGUUCAUCCAGGGAAUCCCUUCGCUAGAGCAUAAUAGUUUUCAUUCUCAGGGUCCCCCCAGGAUAAUAUCAAGGCACCCAGGAUCUCCCUGCAAUGGGAUAAUAUUGGGGGGUUCACAUCCCUGCUAUGGCUAAUAUCAACAUUCACCCAGGAGACCCCUGCCCUGUGGGAUAAUAUUGGGGUUCACUCAGGGGGACCCUUCCAGACUCAUAUCAGGGUUCAACAGGAAAAAUCUCCCUGCUAUGGGAAAAUAUUCUGGUUGAACACAGGGAAUUACCCCUUGUGAGCUCAUUUUGGGGUUCAGCCAGGGGAACACUCCCUUGACUGGUAAUUUUGGGGUUCAGCUGAGAAACUCCCUGCUGCAAGGGAUCCCCCUUUUCUCUCUUCCUCAGUGCUUCUACCAACACACCCCAAAAUCCCUCUCCCAGGAAACCUACAUGGUGGGGGUCAAAUUCCCCAGAGCUGGGUGGUGGCAUUGUGGGGGCUCACACUUCCCCUUCUCCCAGGCAGGCAGCUUCCUGGAAUAGGGCCUGGGCAGCGUCCAAUGCAGGCAGCCAGGGAACAAAAGGCCAAAGACCUGAUACUAUUCACGCACAAACAGAACAGGGGCGCGGAGGUGAAGGACUCCGGGAAGGAGGGGGACAAGGAUGGGGGGGGUCAGUGUGUCCAUCCCUAUCCCACCCCAGACCACAGCGACUUGCCUCCCCCAACCACAGGAGCGGUGCCCCGUGCUGUUAAACCCAGGACAUGUCACCUUUAGCCUGCGGAACUGACCGACACAUGAGUUAGCAUGGCCUCAGGGGCAGUGGACCUUCCUGGGCCCAGAGUGAGGUCAGGAAGGGCUGUGAGGUUCCCUCAUCCCCCAGAUGCAUUACAGGGGGGAGGGGAGUAGGGGGCUGGACCAGCCUUUCCUUAUGGGGAGUUAUUCCUCCAUUGCCCAUGUGGGGGUGUUUGGUAUCUUCCUUUGACUUUGACAAAGCUACAACUGACCACUAUCUGAGACCGAGGUAGAUGGGCCCAUGCCUCUGGACGAGGGGGGCAGGGAGGGGUGGGAUACCAGGGUAGAUGGGCCCAUGGCUCUGGUCCAGGGGGCAGGGACGGGUGGUGAGAUACCAGGGUAGAUGGGCCUGUGACUCUGGUCUGGGGGGCAGGGCGGGGUGGGAUACCAGGGUAGAUGGGCCCGUGGCUCUGAUCCAGAGGCAAUGAAGGGGGCAGGAUACCGCGGUAGAUGGGCCCGUGGCUCUGAUCUGGGGAGCAGGAAGGGGGUGGGAUACCAGGGUAGAUGAGACCAUGCUGUGGUGCAGGGGGCAGGAUACCUGUCACCUCUGUGUUCUUGGUGAACCAGGGCGCAGUAUCCAGUCUGUCUGACUCACAAAAGACCUCCAUCUACCCCGCACUCCCCCAAGCCUCUGCUUGCAUCAAAACUGCUCCGAAGACAGAUUUACAAAAAACAAUGGAAAGGCCGUGGGAGACCCACCGAAACCCCUGGGAAGAGGGUGACAGGAUUAAGGCAACUCCCCGGCCUCAUGUGCAUCGGAGGUGGGACAAGGAGGCAUCUCCAUCAGCCUACAGCCUGGACACCAGAGAUCCCAAGGCAAGACCCGCAGGGAACUCUGGGAGCAGGGAAGCACGGCACGCUGGGGGAUCGCUGCUCCCGAUGUUAAUGAACCCACGCCUGCACACCCCCAGCUCAGCAGUUAUCAGCCCAAUUCUAGUAUUGACUCCUUUACUGGUAUCCAAAAUACUGAAGCUCCCUAAUUGUAUUGUGAGCUCCCUGGAAGGAACACCGUCCAUAGCCAGGAAUGAUCAGCUCCUGUUGUCUAGUCUGAACAAAACAACGUUGGUAUCCUCCCUUGGGCCAACAAUUUACCCCCAAACACAUCUAAUGUUCUUCCUUGAACCACUGUUCUUGCCCUACCCCUCUACCCACGCUCAAGUAAGUGCUCUGACACCUGGAUCCAAAAUCUGCAUCGGUUCCAUUGGGACUUCAUCCUCUCCUGACUGAUCGUGCUGGGGGCUCUGCCUGUCUCCUGGACCCGCAGCUACCCCCCCCACCUGGGACCCCUGCUCGAUUCAAGCUUCACAGAGUGGCGAGAACCCAGCUCUCUCUCGGUGUAGCCUUCUGACCCUGGCUUGUGUGAUCCGUUCUAGUUUUCUAAACCUGCCUUUUACAAUCAAGUUUUAGUUUGAUUUAAUAUUAUAACCGCUUUGUUUGUUUGGCUCCUCUCUGGCUAUUACCUGGCAAUAAAUAACUUU